AUGGAUCCAACACCCGCCGCUCGACGUCGUCGCCGAAGACGCGUUGCCGAAGAGAACCGGAAACGUGCGCCCCGAGCGUGCGAUCGAUGCAAGGCUCGGAAAAGCAAGUGCAUUGAGUCGAGUCCAGGCAUUUGUCAAAGAUGUGAAGCUGGCCAGUUCAGUUGUCGCUUUGACCGAGAUAGGCUGUCUCCACCACAAAGUCAAAGCCCAAUACCCGCUGGGGAUGGCACCAUUACUGCCAUAGCUGCCUCGUCUCAAACAGGAGCAACACCACAGGAGAACAUCUCCAUAGAAAGCCACCAGACUGAAAGCAUACUAUGGCCCCGAUUCCUGACAAGACUACGCGAAGCCUUUUCUUUGGACCCGAUAUCAGGCCCAGAGGAACAGGAUAUGGUCAAUCUACAGGCUAAUAUUACGCGACCAAACAACCCAUCGCUUGCAGAACAAGGCCGCCUGAAGAAGAUUGUCGACUCAUUUCCCCCUCGGUCUAUUGCUGAGUUCCUUGUUCACGUCUGUAUCAGACGCGGCACUGAUGUCUUCUUCUAUUUCGACCAGGCACAACUGAUUUACGAGAUCGAGCAGUUUUACACCAACCAAACGUGCCCGUUGAGGUUCGAUCCCAGCUUUAUCUGUCUCGCAUUGACCAUCUUCGCACUUGGCAGCCACUGGACCCCUUUGGAGCGACCAAGCCAUUCGCGAAUUGAUGAACAUGAUCCUGGGCGUUUGUUCUUCGAGCAGGCCAAAGUCCUUGUACCAGAUGUAAUAGAGCUUCCAGGCCUCAGAUCUAUCCAAGUGUGCCUGAUACUCGGUGUCUAUCUCAUGCCGCAAAAUGCAGUUGGAUCGUCCUAUGUCUACCUAGGAAUGGCUUUGAGGAAGGCUCUGGCGUUUGACCUACAUCAGGACUCGGAUGAUCAAGCCAUGGACGCGCGAGAAAGAGAAGUUCGUCGGCGGCUCUGGUGGUCAAUAUACUCACUUGAAAGCAGGUGCUUGACAAUAAAGCUCAAUAGGCCACGAUCAGUGGCACCUGAGAUCAUUACCGUCUCAUUACCGACCGUUCUGCCAGAGUUCGAUGAUUCACAGAAGUUCAAGAACGUUCUUCUUCAAAUUACCUUUGCGCGUCUCAUAACCAUUUUGGACAAAGUGGCUGACUUGGAAUCAACAGUAACAAACGCUCCACGACAGGCAGACACGGCGAGCCUGGAGAACCAGCUGAGAGAGUGGAAAGACUCGUUGCCUGAAACCUUUGAUCUGGAGACGAUUCCACCUCAAGACUCACGCUAUCGCGCCGUCUUUCACAUCUGGCUUAACUAUUACUAUGCCUGGAUUGUUAUGGGUAAGAUGUCUCUCAUUACCGUUGUGAGAAUGACUCUUCGGCAACAUCUCGGAGAUGACUCAGAGCCAUGCAUCAUUGACGACAAGGCCGAAAAGCUAUCAAAGUCAUGCGCCAAGGCUUCUAAGAAACUGCUUCAGCUCUUUGAGGACUUGAACCAGACUGGCUAUACCACCCGAUUCUCAUUCACCGACUUCCAAGGCUGCAGUAUUGCGACCAUCGUCACUCUCAUAGCAGGUAUCCUUGAUAGGGACCCCGGUUACGAAAGGCGUGUCAGAUUUGGCCUAGAGUUCUUGCGUAGAAUGGCGACAGGGAACCCAAAUGCUCAAGUUGGAGUUCGGUUUGUUGAAGCCCUUCGGUCGAUCUCGAACGAGGCCUGUAGCAAGCUUAGUCGGUCUAGGCAGCCUCCUACCAGCACGACUGACGAGGGGCUACAAUCGUCUGCCUAUAACGAAUGGGCGGAGUGGCUGUCAAACCAAGAACAAUCACAGAGUGCUAUCAACAGUGAAAUAAUUGGUCACAGCACACUAGGCGCCGACCAAAAUACACAGGUACCUCCAGGCGCUGAUGCCGAGUUCUGGUCUGCGGGGGCUGAGGAUAUGGAAUGGAGCUCACGGACUGAUCCGGUUCUCGAGCCACUCAUGCCACGUCUACAGGUACCGCAGCCUCAGGGCGGAGAGCAGCUUGAUCUGUUUGAGACAUACCGCCUGUCGGCGAUGUAUAGCGAAGACCAGCCGUUUUUGAUGGGGCUCACAGGCUUCGAUGUGCUGGACUUUGCAGGCUAUCCUCCCGACAUGGGCCCAUGAAACUUGUGCGGCCCGGCUGUGUGACUGGGCGCUCAAUUUUGAAAAGCGGAAAAUUUAGUCGAAAGGAACUGCGGCUAUGAACUGAUUAUGGCAAAUGCAAUGUUAAAAUUGAGUUCUUAGUGCAGAAAGAAAGACUUGUACUUUUGCUUUCCCAGG